AUGUCAGCGAACACGACAAUCUCUGGUGAUUUCGACCCGGACCAAACGAUGGAAGAGAAUGAGGCGAUCGAGUACAUCUCUACUGCACUUGCCAAAAUUGUCAACACCACGCCUGAUAAUGAGUUUCGCUUAUCUGCGCUGCAGGCGGCCGAGGCUACAAAUCUCUCCGAGUUCACGAGCAAUAUUCAGGAGCGAGUGAGGGAAAGAUACAAAGAAAUGCACGAAUUGAGCAGGAAAUCACAACAGAGUCAAUCGACGAGUCAAACACAAAAUUCGGCUUCUCAAUCGCAAUCGUUUGCCAGUGUAAGUCAGUCGCAAUGCUCUACUUGGAUGUCGCAGGCGGAGAGUGAAACAAGCAAUUAUUUCUCUUCUCAGCCGAUCUUCGACGAUGAUGAGUUGACUAGGAUGAAACCAGAUGACGAGCCGGGUACUUCAAAUUUGCCAGCAUUUUGGUACAAAGAAAUGCACGAAUUGAGCAAUAAAUCACAACAGAGUCAAACACAAAAUUCGGCCUCUCAAUCGACGAGUCAAACGCAAAAUUUGGUCUCUCAAUCGAUGAGUCAAACACAAAAUUCGGCCUCUCAAUCGAUGGGUCAAACACAAAGUUUGGCCUCCCAAUUGAUGAAUCAAACCCAAAAUCUGGACUUUCAAUUGAUGGGUCAAACACAAAGUUUGGCCUCUCAAUCGAUGAGUCAAAUACAAAAUUCGGCCUCUCAAUCGAUGAGUCAAACACAAAGUUUGGCCUCCCAAUUGAUGAAUCAAACCCAAAAUCUGGACUUUCAAUCGAUGGGUCAAACACAAAAUUCGGCCUCUCGAUCGAUGAGUCAAAUGCAAAAUUCGGCCUCCCAAUCGAUGAAUCAAACCCAAAAUCUGGACUUUCAAUCGAUGAGUCAAACACAAAAUUCGGCCUCUCAAUCGAUGAGUCAAAUGCAAAAUUCGGCCUCCCAAUCGAUGAGUCAAACACAAAAUUCGGCCUCCCAAUUGAUGAAUCAAACCCAAAAUCUGGAAUUUCAAUCGAUGAGUCAAACAGAAAAUUCGCCCUCUCAAUCGAUAAGUCCAACGCGAAGUUUGACUUCUCAAUCGCAAUCGUUUGAUUCUUCGAGGAAGUCAAUCGUCGAUUUGUGGAAAGAUCGCAACAAGGACAUGAUUGAGUUUUGGAGAGACAUGAGUCGAGGAAAGGUUACAAAAACACGGCUUAUUCAACAAAUCACCACGGCUUUUGGGCACCUACGCGAGUACUGUCUUCUGAAAGCGAAGAGUUGGAGCUGGUUUCUGGAUGUUCAACUCUAUGUGAUUCGAUGUGUUCGACUGUACGAGUACACUUUCAGACAGGGAAUUACGGAGGUAAGCACACUGAUGCCGUUCUUUUUGGAACAAACGCUGAAGAAAUUUCUCGCUCAUCCCGCUCGCAUUUCGGUCACCUCAACGAUUUGGCAUCAAAUACGAGAAGUGCUGACGGUCAUUUUCAACACGACCACCAAUUCGGAUUUGUUGAUUCUGAUGCUGGAAGCGCUCGAGAAUAUGCAAACUGAUUUCAUUCGAAAACAUGUAAUUCCGCUUGUGGGGCGACAAGAAACGACUGAGAAACACGCGGAAAGAUUGAUCGUUGCACAUGUUAUGAAAGAGUUUUCACGCUUCAGAGAGGAGAUUUUGAAUCGAAUUACUUGCAUCUCGCCGAUCGCCGGUCUCUUC